AUGUUUGAAGAGGAAAAAGUAAUCAUUCUGAAAACCCAAGAAUCUCCUUCGCUGGGAUCGUUGGUUCGUAUCGACUUCCUGAAUCAGUUGAGUUACAAAAACCUAUCUGUGAUUUUCCACGAUGAUUCUCUUCAUAUGAUCGUUGACAGGUUUUCUUUCUUAUCGCAUGGAAAUAUUUCUGAAGUCUUUUGGCCUUUUGGUCCAGGCGAGCAGACAGUGGAUGUCGGUUUGCAGCUUCAUCGUGCCGAAUUCCGCCUUCACGCUUACGAGACAGCGUUCUCACUGAGUGACUGCCUUCUAUUCGGUCUGGAGCUGGCGACCUCCGUUCCAGGCCACUGGGUUGCCGACAAAGGAAUAUCUGCAUUAGCUUCACUGAUAAAGCCCAUGCUGGACUCGAUGUUGUGCAAUACGAUUCGGAACCAUUUUGGAAACAUGCAGGCAAGCACAGUUAUGAAAGUCAUUCGUUCUCAAAAGUUCCCUAAGCUUUUCGGAACCUUGGUAGAGGCGACUGAUCCACAGAUUAAUGAGACUGCUGCUAACGAAGCUACUGAUUAUAGAGAAGACGAUGUGGCCGCCCUGAAGAAACGAAGCAUUAAAUGA